GGAGACGAUUUUGACAUUGAUGUCAUGAAUGAGUUAAACGUAUGUUCUGGUAAUAAGAAGGGAAUGUUCCGACUGAGAGUGGCCUGUGAAAAAGCGAAGAAAACAUUGUCCGCUUCAAAGCAAACCAGACUCCAAGCCGAUUGCAUUGAUGGGAAUGAACCUUACAACAGAACAUUUAGAAGAUCCGAAUUUGAAGAAAUAAAUAAAGAUAGUUUUGAAAGUAUCGAACAAGUUCUUCGCAAUGUUUUAACAAAAGCGAAGAUUGGCGCCAACCAGAUUGACGACAUCGUACUCGUCGGAGGUUCAACACGAAUCCCCAAAAUCAGAGAAUUUCUUCAAAAAUUUUUUGAUGGAAAAGCGUUAAACAGAACCCUAAAUCCGGAUGAGGCGAUUGCAUGUGGUGCUGCUUAUUAUGCUAAACAAGUCUUUAACAAGGCUAAAAGUAAUGCGCAUUCCGCUGCAGAGAAUGAAGACAUGUUGACUUCGGAAAUACGUGCAAUGAUUCAGGAAAACGUGGUUUUCAAUCAAGAAGACGAGAAAGCGAGGCAGCUUAAUAAAGCAAGAAACAAUUUAGAAGCCUACAUCCACAAAAUAACGCAACGUGCAAAAGCUUCGCCAAGUACACUCGACGAGGAACAAAAGCGACUCAUCGUGAAAGAAUGUGAUGCAACUAUAACAUGGCUUGAAGAACAUGGAGAUAAUGCCACUACAAAUUAUUUGAAUUCAAAGAGAGCGGAUCUUAAAACAGCCUAUGAGAACAUAAAGUGCAGACAAACCCCAAAGAAUGCGAUGCCUCAAAACUCCCAUAAUCAAACCUCUUCCAUCUAA